CCCAACUCAAAAAGAAACGAAAAAGGAAGGGGGCAAAAAACGAAGAGAGCAUCCUCUUCUCUCUCUUUCCCCCUCUCCUCACUAUAACUAAUUAACCCUCCCAAAAUUAUUAUUAUUAUAUUAAUGGUCUCAAAGCCCCCCACCCUUCCCAAGAUCUUCUCUCCUCUUAUUAGCCCCAAUAACGGUUCCGCUAGGAUUGGGCUCGCUGGUGCUCGCAAGAAGCAGCAAAAGAUGAAGUGGGAGGGGGUCGAUGAGAAGCUCGCCAAGAUGGUCACCGAGGCCAAUUUGGAUCAGGCUUCGGAGAGGCGAAGGGUUCGAGAGGCUUUCAAGGAUGUGCAGCUUGGGAUAGAUCACUGUUUGUUUAAGGCACAUUACGAUGGAGUUAAAACGAAAGAGUCAUAUGAGGUGAAUACAAGAGGUGUGCAAAUCUUCUCAAAAUGUUGGCUCCCAGAGAAUGUCCCAAUCAAGGCAUUGAUUUGUUUCUGUCAUGGCUAUGGAGACACUUGCACUUUUUUCUUUGAAGGAAUUGCGAGGAAGUUUGCUUCAUGUGGAUAUGGAGUUUUUGCACUGGACUAUCCUGGAUUUGGUCUUUCAGAAGGUCUUCAUGGUUAUGUACCAAGCUUUGAUACUCUUGUUAACGAUGUUGCUGAGCAUUUCUCCAAAAUUAAAGAGAAUCCUGAAUACCAAGGUCUUCCAAGUUUUCUAUUUGGGCAAUCCAUGGGUGGAGCAGUUGCUUUGAAAGUGCACUUUGAGCAACCCAAUGCAUGGCAUGGUGCAGUUCUAGUUGCUCCAAUGUGUAAGAUGUCAGACGAUGUGGUUCCUCCUUGGCCUCUUCAGCAAAUCCUGAUUUGUGUUGCUAAAAUUCUUCCCAGAGGGAAAUUGGUUCCUCAAAAAGAUUUAGCUGAUAUGGCAUUCAAAGAAAAGAAAAAGAGAGAUCAGUGCUCUUAUAAUGUCAUUGCUUAUAAGGAUAAGCCACGUUUGAGAACAGCAUUAGAAUUGCUCAGAACUACACAAGAGAUAGAACGCCGACUGAAAGAGGUUUCGCUGCCUUUACUAAUUCUACAUGGUGAAGCCGAUAUUGUAACUGACCCUUCAGUGAGCAAAGCAUUGUACGAGAAAGCAAAUAGCUCUGAUAAAAAGCUAUGUCUCUAUGACAAUGCUUGGCAUUCUCUGCUCGAAGGUGAGUCCGAUGAGAUGAUAUUUCGAGUUCUUGAUGACAUUAUCUCUUGGUUGGAUAUGCAUUCAAUUAGAGGAGCUUCAUGAAACAAAUUUAAUGGACAGUACCAUUGUACUCACAACUGCUUUGUCUAUCAAAGCGAUGAAAGCAAUUGUUUUAGCAUUUGGGUGAGAGUGAUUACCCUUUAGGUAAUAACUGCAGCAUUCAUCUGCAGAAUUUGUACAUUUCCUUUAAAUUGUAUAUUCAAUUUCUGUUAUUUAUGUCAGCAAAUUUUUGUCCA